AUGUGGGCUGAGCCGAGCGCCCGGCCUCUAAAUGUCCCUGGCGCAGUACCUGCAUUCCAGGUCCAUGCUCCGCCAUUCAUCCCAUUGGAACACCUACCCCCGCCCCCACCAGUCAGCCAGCCCUCAGCCUUCGGCACCCCGAUCGCGUUCCCGCAGGUGACGAUCCCCUUGCAUGCGCACCCUGUGCACCCUGCGCAGCAUGCCCAUCUCCCACCGGGGCCUCCCCUCAUACCGCCCCCUGCCAUGAUGGAGCCGCCCCCUCCGCCACCGCCUCCGGUCAGCGCCAGCUCCCAGGCCGCGCGUGCGCCGCUGACGGACGCCGAGGUGAAGGCCGCCGCCUCCGCUGCCCUGAGCAAGUUCAUGAAGGAGAUUCCUGACAAGGAGCCCCGGCGCAGCGGCAGCCGCAGCCGCCGGCGCAGCAAGAGCUCCAGCCGGCGGAGCCGGAGCAAGAAGCGCAGCUCCAGCCAUCGCAGCCGCAGCAGGAGCCGGAGGCGGCGAAGCCGGGGGCGGAAGCGGAGCAAGUCUCGGCGGAAGCGGAGCCGCAGCCGGGAAAAAAGCCGUAGCUCCCUGGUGGAGCCCCCGCCGGUACCUGGAGCUCCAGCCCCCGCUCCCAGCGCGAGCGGCGGCGCCCCUCCGGGCAGUGGGGAGAAGAGGAGCAAGUGGGAUGAGGCCAGCGCCCCGGCAUGGAUGCAGGACAUGAUGGAGGCCCUGAAAUCCUCGGAUGCCCCCAAAGCCGCCGCAGCGCCCCUGCCGCCCAAGCACAAGAAUGACCCGGAUCGGCCCAAGGGGCACAAGGUGAUUGAGCUCCCGGCCCACCUCAUCCGGGUCCUCAUUGGCAAGGCCGGCUCCACCAUCCGCGAGGUUUGCAGCCGCAGCGGAUGCGACAUCAAGGUGAACCACUUGCCUCAUGAACCUCAAGGCAGCAUCUCGGUCGUGGGUGACAUCGAGAGGGCCGAAGCCGUGAUCCAGGACAUCUUCCGAGCCAGGGGCUGCAAGUGGUCCCCCACCGGCGCUCCCCUAGCAGAGCAAAGUGAGGAGGACGUGAAGAUUCCCGCAGAUCUGGUGGGGCUCUUCAUCGGGAAGGGCGGCGAAACCAUCAAAGAACUGAGGGAGAGGUGCGGCGGACAGGUCUCGAUCACCAUCCAGCCCUCUUCCACUCCGGGCGGCAUGCAAGGCGUCCGCGUGGUGGGUGACAACUGGAAGUUGGCGAAGGCCCUGGUCCGUGCAAAGAUCGAAGAGCUGACCAUGUCCAAGGCGUUCAAGACCUCGGGGGGCACCGCGAUGAUGAUGUCUCAACUGGUGUUUGAGAGGGCGCGAUGGACCCGUCCGUCUGCCCCCAGCAGCGCCCGGAAGGCCCCGCAGGAGAAGCCGGACUGCCUGGAGGAUCUCCUGCGCCGGCCCACGCGGCUCCAGGAACUCCGCGGAUUUGCACCGAAUACCGGCGCCCUGGGGUGCCUGUGCUACAAGUCGAGUGCUGUGCUAUCCAAUCCGUCAGCAUGUGCCGAGCCCCUCUCUUAA